AUGGCGACGACUGAGAAGGCGAAGGAGGAAAAGGAAGGGAGCAACCUACUGGGCUCGCCGACCUUCAGGGAGCUCGAGAACGGCCGCUUCCAGUGCGUCGAGACAGGCCACGAAUUGCUGGCCAAAGACAAAGAAAUUUACUCUCAGAGCAAACGGUGCCGUUUGGGUCUCAUCGAAUAUGCCCUUGCCCAUAAGAAAGCUCCUCUCAACAUGUUCAAGCAGGAUCCUCUUUCCCGCUCAAAGUUGCUGUGUAAGCUAACAGGGGAUACUAUCAAUAAGUCAGAAGAGCACAUUUGGAAGCAUAUAAAUGGGAAACGGUUCCUCAACAAGCUUGAAGAGAAGGAAGAAGAGAAGCUAAAGGCCAAGGGAGUGGUAGAAGAGAUGGGUGAUCAGAACCCGGAAAUAGUAUCUGACCAAGACGGAGACGGAGACGGAGACGGAGAAAGAAAGAAGAAGAAGAAAAAGAAUAAGAAGAAGAAGAAUAAGAAGAAGGAUGAAAGAGUUGAUGAGAUUAUGUCUGAAAAAAGUAAGUCUUCUGAUGAGGAAGGUGAUACAGAAGAAACUGACUUUUGGAUGCCACCAGUGGGAGAACGUUGGGACUUUGACGAGGGAGGUGACAGGUGGGGUUCCGGUUCAGAGUCAGAGAACGAGGAUGAUGAGAUCGAUGUAGCUGUUUCAGAUGGUGCAUUUGAAGAUGGCGACGAGGAGUCAGAAGAGCUCUCCAAGAGGACGAAAAGGAUGUCCAUAGAAAUUGGACCAAGCAGCUUUGCUUCAAGGAAGAAGAAGAGUAAAAAGAGCACGACAUGAUCCGCUGUCGACUUAUCUUCAAUUUGCAAGAUUAAAGACAUGAAGAAGUAACUGUGAUCCGAGAUUAACUGAUUCUAUCCAUUUUUGAAGUAUGUGUUUAGGUGUGAUUUCGGAAUGUAUCAGUUCUAAGUUCUUUUGAAGGUUGUAUUUUUCACUCUAGUCGUUUAUUAGAUCAAAACAUUUUGUUCGGUGUAAAUUAAUAAAGAUUUUGCCAAUGAAUAUUGAAUUGAUUGA